AUGUCUCCUGCUCUGAUGAGUAAUGCCACACGUGCUGUGCCCCCUCCCGUGGCACCUGGCACGCUGGAGCCUGGCACAGCAGCCAGGCUGGCCUCAGCCCCACCAUUCUCAGCUGUUGCCCUGCUCACGGCUGCCCACAACACCUCCCAGGAGGGCCAGCAGCUUUUCCUGACCACCACAGCAGCACAGGUCAUCUCUGGCAUCUUCGUGUGGUCUGCACUCAUCGUCACCUUCCACCAGAUCUACACACACCUGAGGAAUUACACCAUCCCCAAGGAGCAGCGCUACAUCAUCCGCAUCCUCUUCAUCGUGCCUGUCUACGCCUUCGACUCCUGGCUCAGCCUCCUCCUCCUCGGCAGCCACCAGUACUACGUCUACUUCGACUCGGUACGGGACUGCUACGAAGCUUUUGUGAUUUACAGCUUCCUGAGCCUGUGCUUUGAGUACCUCGGCGGGGAGAGCACCAUCAUGACAGAGAUCCGAGGGAAGCCCAUUGCGUCCAGCUGCUUUUAUGGGACCUGCUGCCUACAGGGUAUGUCCUACUCCAUCGGGUUCCUGCGCUUCUGCAAGCAGGCCACACUGCAGUUCUGCAUUGUGAAACCCCUCAUGGCAAUUGUCACCAUCAUCCUGCAGGCGUUUGGGAAGUACCACGAUGGAGACUUCAAUGUCCACAGUGGAUAUCUUUACAUCACCAUCAUCUACAACUUCUCUGUCAGCCUGGCCCUUUAUGCUCUUUUCCUCUUCUACUUCGCCACCAUGGACCUGCUGCGCCCGUUUGAGCCGGUCCUCAAGUUCAUCACCAUCAAGGCCGUCAUCUUCCUCUCCUUCUGGCAAGGGACACUGCUGGCAAUCCUGGAGAAAUGUGGGGUGAUCCCUGAAGUUCAGAUCAUCGAUGGGAAGGAGGUGGGAGCUGGGACAGUGGCUGCUGGCUACCAGAACUUCAUCAUCUGCAUUGAAAUGUUCUUCGCUUCCAUUGCCCUGCGCUACGCAUUCACCUGCCACGUGUACAGGGAGAAGAAAGAAAACUCAACAGCAAACCUCGCCCCGAUGCAGAGCAUCUCGAGUGGGCUGAAGGAGACCAUCAGCCCCCAGGACAUCGUGCAGGAUGCCAUCCACAACUUCUCACCUGCAUACCAGCACUACACCCAGCAGUCCAUGCAGGAGGCAGAGCGCAAAGCGCCAGGGGACAACGGGCAGGUGGCCCCCAAGAUAGAUGGACAGAGCAGCAGGAAGAGCAAAAACAUUGAAAAGAGAAUGCUCAUCCUGACAGAUGAGGAGCUGUAG